AUGCAAGUUCUGCGAAAACCUGAAACGUUGGCACGAUGCAAUCCGAAAACCGGAGUGGAGCGUAUUUUGGAGACCAUCCCAAUCAUCGCAGACUGCAAGCAAAGAAUGAAACUACGUGUGCGCCGGCGUAGAUGUCGUUGUCAAACGCAACCAGUGCUAAUUCGUAAAGGGGCUUGCAGAUCCGAUUGCAUCCGGCGUACACUUUGGAGGCGUCAUGUGCCAACAGCAGACGGAUACUGCCAACCACGAUACCGGCUCUAUCAGCAGGCAUGUUGCUGUCCCAAGCCACAACUACUUGGCUCGCAAUGCUACCCCGAGAAGGGCAUAUUGGAAUUCGGAUUGAGAGUGUUCCGCUUGUAUGAUGGCAAAUGCUUCCGACAAGACAGGUUCCACGUUAAAACUGUAGAGUGCCCACAGAACGAACGCUUGCUGCAAACCGAACUACCCAACGGACUGAUUCGCGUGGAGAAGAGACGCAACAUUUUUGAAGGAUGCAAGUGUGUGCCUCAGACACAAGUCAUUUUCGAAAACAGAACUUGCCCUGCACCCACUAUCAUGAUCCGCUGCACAAAGUCGGGACCCGAUCUGUUUGUGAUUGAGACUACGACAACUAGAUGGAGGAUGUCCAAAGUGGGAUCGCCUUGUGUUCGACUCAACACAGUAGUCGAUCAACGCCCGGUGGAUUGUUCCAAGAAAGAACUGAUCAGCGCGGUCACCUGCCGAUUCGAUCCUCAGCGUCAUGCAUCCGUCCGCAUUGAUCGAGUUCUCUCUAGCACCAAUGAUGGAUGCCGCUGUGUGGCGAAUCCUGUCGAGGAGACCGUCCGCGUUUGUCAUUGCAUGAAAGCGGAACGCCGGGUAACAUGUGACAGACACCGAGGUGUACUUACGCAGACGGUCACAAAUUACGAGCUCUCUGGGGACCGGACACGCUGCGUGCCGCAUGUAACGCGGCGAAUCUGGAGACCAACUUGCAAUCCCAUUGGGCCGCAGCGUGUUGAACGAACGGCAUGCAAUCCGGCCACUGGACUAUAUUAUGAAAUAUUCAGUGAAUACGAAUCGAAGGGAUGUCGCUGUCUGAAGCGUCUGUGGCGUCUUCCUGCAAGAUGUCGGUGCCCAAGUCAAAUUAUCAAGACACGAUGCUUGAGUCACGGAAUCCGUGAAGUUACGACUACUUCAUUUAGCCUAACUUCAAGGGGCACAUGUGUCAACACCACCUUAAAGCAUGCAGAGCGUGUCGGCUGUCGUGUGCCAUCGACUCUAUUUCGUCCGUUCUUGGGCUCUCGGGUCCAACGUUCCCCUGUCCAUCCCGAUCGGGUAAGGCACAUACAAGCGUGCGGCUCCGGAGGACCUUGUCAACAGAAAAUACUCGAAUUCGCCGUAGAAAUUGCUCAGAAUUGCUCGUGCCGGUUAACUGUCCGCCGACUCACAAGGGCUUGUUGUUGUCCCGCUACAUCACCAAACGUUGUCACACCAGUUCGUCGCCAUUGUGAUCCGCGACAGGGCGCAGUGAUUCACAGAAAAGUUGACUGGUUGCUACAAGAUGGUCACUGCAGACCCACCGUACACGAAGCUGUGAAGCCCAUUGAUUGUGGCCGUCACCUAGUUCUCAAGCCAAUUGAGUUGUGUGUGAACGGUAGUCAGAAACACGUGCUUCAAAAAUCGACGAGAAUCGGCUGCAGGUGUGUGCGGCAACAUCAAAUUGUCAUCAAGCCAUGCCUGUGCGACGCUAUCGGUGCAGCCGAAGUGGUAUUCCUUGUGGACGAAUCUGUCGGUCGCCGACAACUGUAUUACCGGGAACGAGUGCAUCAGCUGUUGUACAAGGCGGUGGAGUUGUUUCUCUCACCUAAUCACAACCAAAUGCAUUCGUCCAUGUACCGAUUCGCUGUGGUCAAAUUUGCCUCCGCUCCUGUCAUGGCUUUCAAUUUGCACGAGCUGGACCACCCGAUGCAGAUGCUAGAGCGUAUGAGGGCUGUAGCUUCAUUCGACAGCGGCGGAGCCGAUUUGGACAGAGUACUACGUUUUACGCUGAACGAGAUAUUGCCUCUGAGAAGACCAACUGUACCGAUACUGCUGUAUCUGAUAACCGAUGGAGAAGCUUUAUCCCUCAAAAAUCCAAACGAUUGGAAAACAAAGCUUCAGACGCGCUACGGUGAUGUGCAGUUGAACCUAAUUGCGAUGGGAGGCAGACCAGACAGAGUGCAGUUUAUGAGCCAGUUCGUGACUCAACCGAAGGCGAUCCACCUACUAUCUAUUCCACUCUCUGAUUCAUCUGCGAACAAAGUUGGCCGGUUAGUGGAGACACUCUGCAAACGAGCCUGUCCUGCGAAUCAUCUGAAACAGACUUUAUGUUCGCACAAAACCGGGUGUAUUGGACGGGUAUACGUGCACAGUUACAGAUUUAAUGUUUCACAAGGAAAGUGUGUCGGAAUGACGCAGAUCAAGUUGCGGCGAUGUUGUUGUCCUCAUAAACCAUAUCAUCUGCAGAGUUCCUGCAGAGGGAACCACGUCACGUACACCGCUGCCCACUGGCAACUGACCUCUUCCGGUGCGUGCACCAAGUUCGUCACAAAGCGCGAUGCCACUGCAGCCCUGAUAAAGCGUUGCUCACCUCCUAGCGAGGUGCGUGUUGGUUUGUGCUCAGCUAAUGGUUUCGCCUUGGAGUGGACAAUCCGACGAUCAUUUGACGCCUGUAAAUGUAAGGUGACCAAAUCAAGACGUGUCGUUCGUUGUCGGUGCGGUCCAUCACACCGAAGAAAACGGUGCAUCGAUGACAAACUGCUAAUCACUGAAAUUCUCUCCCAGCAGCUGAUCAGGGGCGAAUGUCACCCGCUGAAGAUUUUGAGGAGACAAGAACUCAAAUGUCCUGGCCCUUCAGUGUUCAAAGCAAACUGCGAUACCAUGACGUGUCAGCGCCGCGUGUCCAUUGUCCACCAUAUUCCACAUGGAUGUCGCUGUGAACGGCGAGUACAAGUUCGACAUGAAACUUGUUGUUGUCGAGGUCCUAAGACCGUCCGAUACGAGGGGUGCAAAUUUGAUGCUUUGAAAUCUUUCGUCGAGCAGACAAUAGAGCCUGCGCUCACCUCCGGAGCUUGUGUACGGCGCACGCGCCACCACUUCGAACCCGUUGUUUGUCCUCUGAAUCCAAGAUCCGUGCGUCAUCAGUGCCGUCAUGCUCCACGGACAGUAGGGUUGCCCAGUGUACCCGACCCUGCUCUCAUGGUUCGCAUGGUGGAGCAUUUUUGGUGGAAGAUACAUUCUUGCGAAUGCCGGCAACAGCGACGGAUGCAAAUGGAAGCAUGUGGAUGUGCUCAGCCGACCGACAGCCUUCAGUCACGAUGCAAUAGAGCCAGCGGAGUGCUCGUCACUUACAGUCGUCAAUUGCGACUAGAGGUGGACGGAACCAGGAAGGUGCAAGGAGUUGCUGUGGAGCUGCCCGAUUUGGCACACGCCCGCUGUCGUCCAGAUUACAAACUAGUCACUGUGCGGAAAAUCAAUUGUCCGAAACCGAAGCUUUUUACUACACCUUGCCAGCCCGAGAUUGAUGGAAGAUAUUACAACACUGUGCAGCUUCACCGCUGGGUUCGCAGAGGAUGCAGCUGUGUCAAUCAAGCACCACAUGUGGUCGAAAAGAAUGUGUGUGAGUGCCGCCGGAAUCGCUUGGUCACACAAUGCAGAGUCGACAGACCGGGUGGUGUGCGGCGCUUGCUUCACGUCAAAGUGAUUCGCGAGAAGAUAACUGAGUUGCCCCGACCGGAUGGACGGUUUAAACGCGUUUGCAAAUUGAUUCCACCUCAGCACAGUGUUCAUGCAAUCGGUGAGCGCUUGUACACACACCUUAGUUUUAUCCUUUCUUAA